AUGUUUGCAGCGGCUGGAGAGGAGAAAGCCGCCGUACUGCUCGACGGAGCCGCGCCCAACAGCCCCGACCCAUUGAUCGAGAAGCCCCUUGACGUUGUCGACGGUGUCCGAGCUCUCCACCUCCAGCGCGAUGGUCUUGCCGUACAAAAUCGGAGGCGCAAGAUGAGUGUGAUCGAUCUACUGACUCGCGUGGACGCGAUCUGCAGGAAGUACGACAAAUACGACAUCGCGCUCAAGGACUCCAAUUUCUCCGGCGACGACGCAUUCGCGCGCCUCUACACCUCCGUCGAGUCCGAUAUCGAAUCCCUCCUUCAGAAAGCGGAGACGGCUUCGAAUGAGAAGAAUAGGGCGUCUGCUGUAGCGAUCAAUGCUGAGAUUCGGAGGACCAAGGCGAAAUUGCUUGAUGAGGUGCCCAAAUUGCAGAGACUAGCCGUUAAGAAGGUUAAAGGACUUUCCACAGAAGAACUUGCUGCCCGUAAUGAUCUGGUCCUUGCAUUGCCCGACAGGAUUCAGGCCAUACCUGAUGACUCUGCAGCUGCUCCUAAAUCAUCUUCUGGUUGGGGAACUUCAGCUGCUCGGUCAGAGAUUAAAUUUGAUUCAGAUGGGCGGUUUGAUGAUGAAUACUUUCAGCAAACUGAGGAGUCAGGCAAAUUUAGGCAAGAGUAUGAAAUGCGGAAGAUAAAACAGGAAUUGCACAGGCAAGUUCCUCUAAUGGAUGGGAUUGAUGAGAAGGUGGACAAGGCAACUUCUGAUCUUAAAAAUACCAAUGUUAGAUUGAAGGUCGACACAGUUAAUCAGGUUCCUUGA